AUGAACAACUACCAUUUCCUUCUUGUGUCUUUACCACACCAAAGCCACAUCAACCCCACUUUCCGACUAGCCACCAAACUAACACGCGCCGGUGCUCGAGUCACCCUGGCCACCACCAUCAACGGCCUCAAAACCCUCCCUUCAGUCCCCGGCCUAUCUUACCAUUUCUUCUCCGACGGAGGUGCUGCCGGAAAACCAAACUACCUUCAAAAAAUCAAGCUCGCUGGGUCAAGUAACCUCAAAGAACUCUUGGUAACAAAAGCUAAAGAGGGUCAAACGGUGGAUUUCUUAAUCUAUGGCAUCUGCCUUCCAUGGGUGGCAGAGGUGGCACGUGAACUUCAGGUGCCGUCAGCUUUAUUCUUUAUCCAGUCCGCAGCUUCUUUUUCGGUGGUUUAUCAUCUCUUCAAAAGUGAUGGAGGGGUAGGAAAUUCCAAUAUUGACCCUUCUGGUACAGUAAAAAUACCAGGAUUGCCCUUGUUAAGAUACAGUGAAGUCCCUUCUUUUCUCCUAACUACCCAUGCAUUGGCUGUCGUUUUCCAAGAACACAUAGAAAUCCUAGAAAAAGACCCAGAUUCAUUCAUACUAAUCAACAGUUUUAACGCCUUAGAAGAAGAUUCGAUUGAAGCAAUACCUGAUCAUAUAAACAUUUACACCGUCGGACCUUUAGUUUCCGGUGACACGGAGGAGCCGUUCGUCAGCGAUACUUUUCAAGAUUCCGAUCGAGAAACAUAUCUCCGAUGGCUAGACUCGAAACCUGAGAAAUCAGUGGUCUACGUUUCAUUCGGAAGCUUACUGAAAUUACAGAGAAAGCAAAAGGAGGAGAUAUUUCAGGGAUUAAUCGAACUAGGUUACCCGUUUUUGUGGGUCAUACGCAAUAACGGGGAGAACGAUGAAGAAGAAGUGAUGCGUUACACGGCAGAAGGCGGUGGGUUGAUAGUGAGAUGGUGUUCGCAGGUGGCGGUGUUGAACCACGUUGCGAUUGGGUGUUUCGUGACGCAUUGUGGGUGGAACUCAACACUGGAGAGCGUGGUCGGUGGGGUGCCGAUGGUUGGGUGUCCACAGAAUGCUGAUCAGAAGAUGAAUGCGAAGAUGGUGGAGGAAGUGUGGGGGAAUGGGGUGAAGGCGGUGGAGGAUGGUGAAGGUGUGGUGGGGAGGGAAGAGAUGAAGAGGUGUUUGGCGGUGGUGAUGGGAGGUGGAGAGAUAAACAGGAAGUGUGAGAAAUUGAAAAGUAUGGCCAUGGAGGCGACUGCGGAGGAAGGAUCUUCACAUAGAAAUUUACAUCGAUUCUUCGAAACCUUAAAACGUGUUUCAUAA